AUGGCGCCGCCUCUCAAGAACAUGCCAGUAUGCCGCCCACGAGAGGAAGAAGAAGAAGUCAGAUCCAAGAACAUGCCACUGGAGAAACAUGCAAGGCGGCACACGCAGCGAGGGUUUGAUGAGACAAGCAGAUAUGGGGCACCGCCUGGUUGGCCACCUAACAUUGAAGCUUACCUUCUGCCAAGGCUAGAGAUGCACUUUGAAACUUUCAAAGAAGCAAAGGACUUCUACAACGUCUAUGCAAAGCACGCGGGUUUUGCUGUCAGGGAAGGCUCCAAGGUUGAGACCAGAGUCUACCUUUAUUGCACGUGCUAUGGAGUCUAUGAAUCGAAGGUGUCAGAAGCAAAUAGACAGCGGAACAAGACGACAACCAGGACUAACUACGGGGCUAAAAUGAGGCUGAAGAGGGAAAAGGAUGGAACACUUGUCGUAAAAGAGAUAGUCUGGGAACACAACCACAGGCUACAACUCUCCCCCCAAAUGCUUGUCUUCUUGCACUCCCACAAAAACUUUGACAAAACAAUCUUGGAGUACGUCAAGUACCUGCAGUUCAAAGGCAUUGAACACGCGCAAAUCAUGAGCAUACUGGGCGGUGAUGACCCCGGUAGAUACUUCCUCGAAAUGAAUGCCAAAGACCUGAUUAACAUCAAAGCAAAGAAUUCAAGGAUGGAUGAUGUGGACGAUGUCCUAAAGACUGUCAACUUCUUUAGGGAGAUGAAAGCUAUAAACAGGGAAUUCUUCUAUGACAUGCAACUUGAUGAGUCCGACAGAGUUAAGAACAUAUUUUGGGCGAACGCAAGCUGCCGAGGGGCGUAUCAGGACUUUGGUGGCUGCGUAACGUUUGACACCACAUAUAAGACCAACAAGUACCAUAUGCUACUUGGGGGUGUUUGUGGAUACUAA